UUAUCGUUGUAGAGAAAAAAGGGGGGCGCGCGCACGGAGCGAAGAGACACCAUAGACGUCGUGGUCAGAAGAGAGAAGAGAAAACGUUGAUCCGAAUCUGCAAUUUGCAAUCGUUCUUCAGAAUUCCCAUAAGAGAUUGUGGAACGAUGUCGUUUGGUUCGUCUCUGUUGUCUCAUUCCCAUGCUCUUUGGUUGUUACCGAACAGAACCUCUACCUUCAAAGCCGCUUCCCAAGUUCCCGAUUUUCUUUCUGCAGAUUGGUUUGAAUCUCGGAAGAAAAGACCCUUUGGUCCUCGAUUAGACUUUAGUGCAGAAGAUGCUGUUCAUUACCAGCUUCAAGCCUUGGAGUUUAACGACCAACCUCGUCAAGAUUACGGAAUCGAGGUCAUGUAUAGGUUCGCUGGAUUUGAUCCUUUUGAAAGGUCUACCUAUUUUGGCCCUUUCUUCGAUUUGGGUCAGUUUGAGAGGUUCAGGCGAAUUUUUCAUCAUUCAACUUAUCGAGUCUUACUAGGUCACAAGGAAAGAAAGAUCAUGAGCAGUUUGUUUGUGGAGGAGGGCAUGUUAUGGGUUAAAUUGAUGAACUUGAAGCAGAACAAAUACAAACAGCGGGUUUGGAUUCGUGGAAGUAGACCGGAGGAAGAAGAGAUCUUUCAAUUUACAAUGGUUCAGAGAGUUGGUGGAUGCUGGGAUGGUUACUGGUUGACAGAGUCUCUGCUUCACGAUAGAGAUACAUUUGCUGGUGGUUUGGCAUAUUAAAUAACAUUCACUGCUGGAAUCAUGUUCAUUAUAUUAUUCCUAAUCUGUAAAAUUUGUACAUAUGUAAGAAUUUCAGAUGUUAUUAUGUAUUAAAUGAGGGGUAUAAUCGGUGUUCUGCUUAUCCAAUGUAAAAUUCUUGUACAUUUUACUCAAUCUUGAUUACAGGACCUCAGCAGCUCAUGGAGUUUGAUAGAGAUUUUAUAAUUACAGCACUAAUAGAAAUCAAAUCUCAACACACCAUGUAAAUUUACCAUAUAUGUAUUUGAGCUAGCAAGUAAAAUUAUAUCAUUUGUAAUUGCUU